AUGUCAGAACCAUGCGAUGGUUGGAGGAUGAUUUUUGAUGGAGCAUCAAAUUCUAAGGGAGUUGCAAUAAGAGUAGUUUUAAAUCCAGAAACAAGUCAAUAUUAUCCAAUUUCAGCCAAGAUUUUGUUUGAUUGUACCAAUAACAUAGCAGAGUAUGAAGCUUCUAUUCUCAGACUUAGAAUGGCCAUAGACAUGAACGUCAAAGAGAUUUUGGUCAUAGGCGAUUCUGACUUAUUAGUUCAUCAGGUGCAAGGAGAAUGGGCUGCUAAGAAUGUGAAGAUCUUUCCUUAUUUGCAUUGCAUAAAGGAGUUGAGUAGGAGAUUCACAAGGAUUGAAUUCAAACAUGUCCCUCGAGCUCAAAAUGAAUUUUCCGAUGCUUUGGCGACAAUAUCCUCAAUGAUUCAGCAUCUAGACAAGAAUUACAUCGACCCUAUUGAAGUAAAAUUAUAUGAUAGACAUGUGUAUUAUUUUCAUAUUGUUGAGGAAGUGGAUGGAAGACCAUGGUACUAUGACAUCAAGAGAUUGAUAGAGGCACAGGAAUACCCCAAAAAUGCUACGAGCAAGCAGAAACCGACUUUAAGAAGAAUGGCCAAUCAUUUCUUUCUUAAUGGAGAAAUCCUAUAUAGGAGGACUACAGAUUUAGGAUUGUUGAGAUGUGUUGACGCCAAGGAAGUGACGAGACUUUUAGAAGAAAUACAUGCAGGAAUAUAUGGACCUUAUAUGAAUGGGUUCACUCUUGCUAAGAAGAUCUUAAGAGCUGGAUAUUUUUGGAUGACCAUGGAGAAAGAUAGCAUUCAAUACGUGCAGAAGUGUCAUUAA